AUAACCAAGAUAUAAAAAUAUAUUUUCAAAUCAUUGUGAGGUUUUCGACAUGGAAUGACAUCUCUAAACAAAUUUUAGAGAUAUGCCUUCUAAGUACAAGGAGGCAACCUAUUUAAAGCUCAACAAGAUGAGGACCCCUCUCCCUCUCCUUCUCUCUCUCCCCCCACUCACACAAUGGAGUAAGGACCGGAAAUACACAUAUAAGUUGAAUUAUUUACAAAUAUGAGAGUGGUGUGUCACUUUUUUUCUUUGUUUUUUUGCUCUAAACAGGAAAUAUCUUCGAACUUGGGAUAUGCUCAAACAAACCUCAUUAUCCUCUGUGUCACCCAUUUUCUCAUAGAAGUAAAACAGGCCUCUUAUUUUGAAAUGUGCUUUUUCUAUGUCCAGAAGUCAAGAAAAGGCAUAUUCUAACGUCUUGUCUCACCCCAAUGAGGUUCAUGUAUAGCAGGAUGUCUCACUAACUUGAUUGGGUCACCAUGAAUUUAUGUCCUUAUCAACCCUUGAAAAUUUGGAGGCCAAAACCAAAACCAGAACCCCUUGCCCUAAAGAAUGGGAAGACCAAAACUCAUAAAAAGUCCUGUAAAUGCAUCAACUUGCAGAAGGAAGGCUCCACUCCAUCUCACUGCAUCUCCAUUCUGUAUCUUUCUCUGUUAAGGGCCAUGUCGAUCCGAACCGUGGCCAGUCGAUGGCGGAUCCUUCAAGGUAGGGACAAUUGGGAAGGUCUGUUAGAUCCUCUCGAUCUCGACCUUAGGCGAUUGCUUCUCCUCUAUGGAGACAUGGCCCAAGCUGCCUACGAUGCCUUCAACCACGAGCGUGUUUCGAAAUACGCAGGCAGCUGCCGAUAUGCGAAAAGGGACUUCUUCUCUAAGGUCAACUUGGUUAAUGGAAACCCUUUCGAGUACACGAUCACAAAGUUCAUAUAUGCAACCUCGAGUGUGCAGGUGCCUGAGGCCUUCUUGAUCAGGUCUCUUUCGAGAGAGGCGUGGAGUAAGGAAUCGAAUUGGAUGGGUUUUGUGGCUGUGGCCACAGAUAAUGGGAAGAAACAAUUGGGGCGGCGAGAUGUCGUGAUUGCGUGGAGGGGGACGAUCGAAGCUCUCGAAUGGGUCGAAGAUUUCGAUAUUGGCCAGGUUUCAGCCGCCCCUAUCAGUGGUGGUGGAGAUGAUGCUAAGGUUCAUAGAGGCUGGUUCUCUAUUUACACUUCUGAUGAUUCUAAAUCUCCAUACAACAAUACCAGCGCUAGGGAACAGGUCAUGUCCGAAGUGAGGAGACUGGUAGAAGCCUACAAAGAUGAAGAGAUGAGCAUUACAAUAACAGGCCACAGCCUAGGCGCUGCACUAACCACGCUUAAUGCCAUAGAUAUUGUAGCCAAUGGCACCAACAUACCCAAGGGACGCCCAGGUACCCAAAUCCCAGUGACUGGCAUUGUCUUUGCGAGCCCUCGCGUCGGGAACACCGAGUUUAAAAAACGAUUUGAGGGGAGCCAGGGUUUGAAGCUCUUACGAGUCACCAACGCACUAGACAUUGUUCCUAACUACCCAUUGAUAAGCUACGACGAUGUGGGGGUCAACUUAGGGAUCGACACACGAAAGUCCGAUUUUCUGAAGAGCCCUGUGGGACCGUCUGGGGUGCAUAACUUGGAGAUUUAUCUUCAUGGGGUGGCUGGAACUCAGGGAAAGAAAGGAGGUUUUAAGCUUGAGAUUCCUCGUGACAUAGCACUAGUUAACAAGUCCUUGGAUGUUCUCAAGGUGGACUACACUGUGCCUGCAUCAUGGAAGGUGGAGAAGAACAAAGGGAUGGUUCAAUUGCCUGAUGGGAGUUGGAAGUUGAUGGACCAUGAGAAUGAGGAUGGUUUCUAAGUUCAUGGGUUCCUUCUACUUGGACUCAUUGUUUCUGGUAUUGACAUUAAAGCCAGUUAAAGUUUGAAUUAAAGCCCUUUGAAUAUUGAGAAAUUGAUUUUGAUUUUGAGUUGUGCCUUACUUAUUUGGUCAUCUGGAUCAAAUUUUAAGAUUCAAACCCUUUACCUUCCUACCAAGUACUUCCAAUACCUGGCUUAGAUGGUAUAGAAGCUCAUCAGCUUGAUAUGUAAACGAGAAUAUCAUCAAAAUAUACAAUCAUGAAUUGUUUAAUAAAAAGACGAA